AUUUUUUAUUUUGGAAGGUCGCCCCCACGAGCCCCUUCUUAUCCCCUCUAAAACACACACAAACACACGCACCAGCACCAAAACAAAGCAAAGCAUAUCUUACUUCUAUUCUCCGUGUCUCUCUACCUUAUCUCUUCGCAAACCCUAGCCCUUUGAAGGCUCGCCAUGAAAGGCGGUAAAUCUAAGGGUGGUAUCAAAAAGUCGACUGAUACCAGGCUGAAGAGCAAAUCUGCAGCUGGAGUCGGUAAGAAGGUAACCAAGAAGGCUGGAAAGGAUCCAAACAAACCUAAGAGGCCUGCAAGUGCCUUCUUCGUUUUCAUGGAGGAGUUUAGAGAAAAGUACAAGAAAGAGCAUCCGAAUAACAAAUCUGUUGCCGCCGUCGGUAAAGCUGGUGGUGAUAAAUGGAAAUCGUUGUCCGAGGCUGAAAAAGCUCCAUUUGUAGCCAGGGCGGAGAAAAGGAAGACUGAAUACAACAAGAACAUGCAGGCUUACAACAAGAGACUGGCCGAGGGUCCUGGGGCGGACGAAGAAGAAUCUGACAAGUCAAAGUCGGAGGUGAACGAUGAGGAUGAUGAAGAGGAUGAGAGCGGAGAGGAGGAAGAUGAUGACGAGUAAAGAUGAUGAAUGAAAUGGUGGUUGAGGAGCAAUUUGUGUAGGUGGAUUGCUUAGAGAUAUAAGGACCCUGCAUUUUCAGAUUUACUCUUUGAUAAAUAGCUACUUUGUUAGGUUAGAUUAGGAAAAACAAAAACAAGGGAUUAGUUUCAGGAACCUUCCUGAUUCCCCCAUAUGGUUCUGUACUUAAAUCUCCUUUUUUCAUUGUUCAAUGAUUUAGUUUGAGUUUGAGUUUA